AGUCGCGGAGAGAUUUUCCGAAGAGCAUAAAUUGGGCGACGGUCUUCAGCGUUGGUUAGAGUGGACGGGUGCUCGGACGCUGGCAGCGGGUGGAGAAUUCCGAGCGAGGAGAAUUGAUCGCUUCGGAGAAUAUUCUCUUGCUGGACUAGUCAGAAGAAUCGGAGCCAGAGCCGGAGCCUGAGAGUGAGCUUGACGCUGUAUUUUGCAGGUUGUCAUUCAUUGCUCUGUGUUCUGACGUUCGGACAAGAUUGGCAAUUGUUCGGCUGACAAUUUUGAGGACCGGAUUCCCUUCCGGCCAUACGUUCGUUUGUAUCUGCGACAACCGGGCUGUGGAAAAUGGGAAGCGCCUCGGAUGAAGCAUCUACCGCUGGGAAAGUUAUUUCAUGCAAAGCUGCUGUGAUCUGGGCGGUGGGAGAAAACCCUGUCAUCGAGCAGAUAGAGGUUGCACCACCUGAAGCUGGCGAGGUUCGCAUUCGAAUCUUGUAUACGUCGAUAUGUCACAGUGAUCUUCAUGUUUGGAAGAACAAGAAUACGAGUGCGAUGCACCCUCGCCUCCUUGGUCAUGAAGCUGCUGGAAUCGUGGAAAGCGUUGGUGAAGGAGUAUCGGACUUCACUCCAGGAGACCAUGUGCUGCCAAUUUUCAUGGGAGAGUGCAAAGAAUGUUCUUUCUGCAAGUCCAGGAAAACCAAUAUCUGUCCAAAAUUCGCUGUCAACCCAAUGAGAGGAACCAGAAUGGUUGACGGGAAGUCACGGUUUUCAGUCAAAGGGCAGACUUUAUACUCCUGCUAUUGUUCAAGUUUCAGUCAGUACACAGUUGUGGAGCAGCAGUGUGUCGUAAAAAUUAAUCCAAAUGCUGAAAUGGACAAGGUGUUACUGCUUAGCUGCGGGGCUGGUACAGGUUUGGGAUCGGCUUGGAAUAUUGCGAAAAUUGAGCCGAAUGCUACUGUUGCAAUCUUUGGACUCGGUGCAGUGGGCUGCAGUGUUGCAGAAGGGGCACGAGUGGCCGGUGCGUCGCGGAUAAUCGGUGUCGAUGUCAAUCCCGCUAAGUUUGAAAAAGGCAAACUUUUUGGCAUCACCGAAUUCGUAAAUCCAAACGACUGCGAGAAACCGAUUGACGAGGUCAUAUGUGAGAUGACAAAUGGAGGAGUGGACUACAGCUUCGAGUGUGUUGGUCUUCCGAAGCUGAUGGAAUCUGCCAUCAAGAGUUGCAUGAUACCUGGAGGUUUGGCAGUAAUCUGCGGAGUAACAGCCUCGCGAGACGCCAAGAUGGAAGUGAUGCCACAAUUAAUCAUCCGAGGAGUGAGCAUCACUGGAAGUAUGUACGGUGGCUGGAAGCCCUCGGACAUCCCCGAGCUCGUGGAGAGAUACAUGAGAAAGGAGUUUCACAUCGAUCAACUUAUAACCCACAGAUUACCUUUUGCGGAAUUCGGGCAAGCUUGGCAGCUUCUGAUCGAUGGUGAGAGUUUGCGGUCAGUCAUCUCGUGCUGGGACUAGUCUGUUGCUCUAGUCAUGUCGUAUGCCCAUAGAUUCUUCCUCCGUCGACAAUAGGUUUGAGACGAUUAGAGUACCUUCGCGAGGCAAUCGACGAAAAUUGUUGCUACAUUGCCAGAAGUAAAUCUUCUGUCGAGGGUACGGAUUUAAAAUCAUGUUUCCUCGAGAUAUGCACACUGGGAAAUGUAUUAGCUCAGAAGAGUGAUAUAUAGUUGCCAUUUCAUCAGCUAUUAAGUCAUCAGCUUCAUUGAAAUUUACUCGUAUAGAUAAUUACAUGUCAUCGCUGUGAUUUGAGGGUCUCUAUAUGUUAUACUUUGUCCAAAGUAUAUAUCAUAUACUUUGGAUAUGCAGUCAUAUAUUUGCUGCACA